AUGUCAUGCAAAAGUGGAUCGUCUGGUACGAGCUCGGCGAAGUCGAAAUAUUCAAAAACAGGUAGGGGUGUGAGCCCAACACCUAGUGUCGCACUACGUAAGAAAGUAUUAAUUCAAAAUGCAGCUACUUCUGGAAGAGCGGCUGAGGAAGAGCUAGACAAUAAAGGUCCUGGAAUUGGUGAGCCAGGGUAUGGUUCGGACAGCAUCGCUCCAUCUAAAUGUAGCUAUGUGGAAAUUGAUGACAUUGUCAAGCCAACAGUACCAACGCCACAGGACUUAGAUUCAGAAGGUGGCAGUUCAAUAACGAUGGACAUUGACAAAGAAUUGAGCGCGUUGGGCCUCUGCAAGCGGGUCAGGGAAACCGAAGAUGAGUGGUCUGACGGCGAUAGUGUAGUCAGUGACAAGAGCAAAAGAUCAAGCAUACUGCCACCAGCAUACAGGAGAGCAGGCAUCUCAAUGGACUUGGCAACUCAAAGAGCGAAUGAAUUCCUGCUCUCCGGUAAAGAAGCUCUAGAGAAAGCAGGAAAUAUGAAGAAGGAGUGUAAGAGCGAGGUACAUGACUGUCUUCAAGGCUUGUAUGAGACUGUGCUGUCGCUGUCUGACUCACGCUCUAGACACCGGCUUGCGGUGGAACAAGAAAGAUCUCGGGCGGCUAAGGAGCUAGUACGAAUCGAACGGGCCCAUAACAAACAAUUGACUGAAAUCCAAAAUUUACAAUUUAGUAAAGUCGUGGAGGCCUAUGAGGCUAUUAAAAGCACAGGUAAGGGCGUUGAGGCGAUACGAACUUGGCUGUGCUACGAGAUGGACGAACCAAUAAAGGCGAUAAGUAAAAUUCAAUUGGAGGUUCACGGAUUGAUUACCAAAACGCAGUCAACAACAAUAAGUGAAAAACCUUCUGCCCACUCUGAAAAAUGCACAGAAAAUUUCACAUUACUCCUAUCGAAAAUAGCAGAAUUAAAUCGGAAUAUUACUAGCCUUAGUCAAGAGGUAGAGAAAAUAACAAAUAGAAAUACAGACAUGGAGAUCAAAAUACCGACCCCAGAGCAUAUCAUUUCACAGACAGAUCCAAGAUUGGAACAGAUAAUUGCACAUAUCCAAGAGACUAAAGAAAUUAUACAAACUUAUAAAUCCACAAAUACACCUAAGGAAGAGACACAAAAAGAAGAUAUAGAAAACAUAAUCCAACCUGUCACGAGUUUGAUAAAAAAUGUAUUAAAUGAAAUAAGCGAUCUAAAGGACUGUAAUACAACACAAAUGGCAUUCCAAGGGAAUACUGGACUUGGAACUGAACUCGCGAUUACAGAAAUUAAAGAUAAGAUUAAUGAAUUACAAAAUAUCCACAAGUUCAAUAUUCCUACAGUAGAAGCAAACAAUCAAACAAUUCAGACUGAGCCAGCGAGGAGACCUACCCAAAGUAAUACAAAAUCCUAUGCAGAAGUUACUAGUACUCCUCGUUAUGCUAUGAUUGUUGAAUCCAUUGAUCCACGCUCGACAUGUGAAGACAUUUUAAAACAAGUAAAAAAGGAUGUUGAUCCUGUGGAACUGGGAAUACGAGUAAACAAAAUAGCCAAACUAAAAAAUCAGCGAGUGGUGAUCAACUGUGAUUCCCAACAGGACAGACAUCUUUUAAAAACAGCCAUCCGAGAUACCUGUGACAGAUUAACAGUAUCGACGCCAGCAACCAAAAAUCCCCAAUUGCGACUGGUAGGUGUCAUAAAUGACCUUGAUGAUGUGAAACUUGCCAAAGCAAUUACAAGUCAAAAUCGUAGCUUAAUAGAAGGAUUAACAGAGGACCAAAAAGCCGUUAAGGUCAUACGUAGGGCUAAGGGAAGAACUAGAGAAGUGAUUAAUGUCAUACUUGAGGUUUCACCUCAAAUAUGGAACAACUUGAAAAACCAAAAGUUGCGAAUAGGCUAUCAAGUUGUCUCAUGUGUUGACCAAUCACCAUUGACACAAUGUUACAAGUGUCUGAGCUUUAACCACAAAGCUAAAGAUUGUCGCAAUAGUCUUUGUUGUGGAUACUGUGCUGAGGGGCAUGACACAAGAGAAUGCCAAAACCGAAACAGUGUUCCCAAAUGUUGCAAUUGCAUAAAAGCAAAACGAAAUGAUAUUUUGCACCCAGCAUACAGUCCAGAAUGCCAAGAAUGGCAGAAAUGGGACAGUAUUGCAAGAUCGUCUGUUUCAUACUGCUAA